ACGCGUAUCAACCAACUUCCUUCUCCAUUUAUAUACCACAACCUCCCCUCCCAUUUAUUCCCAUAUCAUUUCCCUCCUCAUUUUCUCGAUAAUUUCCUACUAGCUGGGCAACAAGAAUUCUUAUAUUGGAGUGAUCACCCUCCUUUUUCCGCCAUGGCCGAUAAGCAACCCCAAUUGAACGGCGCCUUCUAUGGCCCCGCCGUUCCUCCUCCGACGAAGACCUACCACCGCCAUGGCCACGGCCGUGGCUGCGCAUGCUGCCUCCUCAGCACCUUUCUCAAGCUCGUUGUCACCAUCGUCGUCGUCGUCGGUCUCGCGGUGUUGAUCCUAUGGCUCGUAUUCCGUCCCAACGAGGUCAAGUUCCACGUCACCGAUGCUAAGCUCACCCAAUUCAACCUCACCGGCAACCAGCUCCAUUACAACUUGGCUCUAAACCUCACCAUCAGAAACCCCAACAGGAGAAUUGGAGUUUAUUAUGAUACCAUUGAAGCCUCCACGUUUUACAAAGACCAGAGGCUGAACACCAAUUGGCUGCCGCCGUUCUACCAAGGCCACAAGACCACGACCGUCCUCACCACCAACUUCAACAGCCAGCCGGUGGUGGUUCUCGGCGGCAACGACAUGGUCGAGUUCAACGCCGAGAAGCUCGCCGGCGUCUACGAUAUCGACGUCGAUUUCCGUCUCCGGUUGAGGCUGAAGUUCGGCGUCGUUAGGAUCGGAAAAUUCAAGCCAAAGGUCAGGUGUGGAUUGAAGCUUCCGGUGAGCUCCGACGUGAACUCUGCUGUUCCGUUUCAGACCACUCGCUGCGACUUUGAUUUCUGAUUGGCUAUUCCCGUUUUGACUCAGUCAACCCUAGAUGGAUUUCUUUGACUGAGUCAACUCUCUAUGUAGUUUGAUUUUGAUUAUUUUUUCAUUGGUUUUGUUUAUGUGUUGAUAUAUAUAUAUAUAUACUCUCUA